AUGGCCGACUUCAAUUCCGUCGCCCGGCAGUUCGUUGAGUUCUACUACAACACUUUUGAUACAAAUCGCUCGCAGUUGGCUGGUCUCUACCGUGAUCAUUCCAUGCUCACUUUCGAGACCGAAUCCAUUCUGGGCUCUGUCCGUAUCGUUGAAAAGUUGAAUGCUCUUCCCUUCCAGAAGGUCGCUCACAAGGUCAACACCCUUGACGCCCAGCCUUCUAAUGAGAAUGGCGGUAUCCUUGUCGUGGUGACUGGUGCUCUACUUGUCGAUGAGGAGCAGAGACCCAUGAACUACACCCAGACUUUCCAGCUUUUGCCUGACUCUGGAAGCUACUUCGUUUUCAACGACUUUUUCCGUCUGGUUUACGGUUAA